AUGUGGAUUCCAAUAAUUAUUCCAUUUGGACUUAGAGGAAAGUCGAAAUUAAUUGAUAACAAGAAAAGAAUUUGUGUUAAUUGUAAAAAUAGUGGAGUUCAAUUAGUAAAAAAUGAUGAGUGGUUUCACUUAUUUUUUAUUCCAUUCUUUAAAGUAAAAAAUGGUAAUAUGUUUUUACAUUGUCCGUCUUGUGGUGCAACAAUUCCAUAUUAUGAAAAAGAAACUAUGCCUACUUUUAAUAAUCCUGACGAUGUUAAAUUUGAAGCUGAAAAUAAUGAAAAAAAUCAUAAAAAAGGAAAAUAUGACGCCCCAAUGGCUCAAGUACCACCUGAAUAUUUACAAAGACAAGAUCAAUACCCAAAUCAAUAUCAACAACAGCCACAACAACAACAACCAGGAUACAUGGACUAUAAUUAUAAUCAACCGCCAGUACAAUUAAAUAAACAAGCAUAUGACAACUAUCAACAAAACGAUUAUAAAUCAAAUAACCAACCAAAUCUUGCAAAAGAAAAUAAUAUAUCAAAUGAAAAUGAAGAGCUUGGUGAUAAUAAAAAGGAGAAAAAAGAGAAAAAACAUUCAUUUUUCUCAAAAUUACACAAAAAAGAAAAAAAUGAAAUAAAAGAAUAA